AUGAACAACUUUUGGAAGGCUGGUCAUUUCCGACCAUCGACUCACAACGAAGGGGUUGUUGCUGUUGAAGCAUUUGCAGUGCAAUCGUCUUGGACCGUGGUUCCCCAGUUGGAGAACUGCACCCUUGAGCUCAUUGGGGAGAUGCGUGCUGCGACGAGGAUGUCAACAAUAGAGAUCUCGUUCACUGCGGUUUCUGAUGCGGACAAACUGGUCAUCACAGCAUUGAAGCCAACAGGCUUUGAUUUCACUGCGACGAUUGCCCUCUCCGAUGGCCACGAGAUACUCGAUGCUGGUGGUAGCACAGUCCGGCUUGGUGACCUAGGGGGUGAAACUGAGUUCGAUAUCACCACUUUUCUAAUGGACGAGAAACGUGACCAAAUAUCCGCCUAUAAAGAGGGUUUCGAUCUACCAGGCCUCAUCACUGUCUCUGAGGCGAGGCUGUUAUCUCAAGCCACUGCUGACCCGCUGGCUUACCCUGUUUCCUCCCAAUUCGGGAUUCAACUGUCCACCCUUGAGGAGGCAAUGGAGGCCACAGCAAUCCUCUAUACCACUAUGACUAGGACUGCUCAUGCUGGUGAGGCCUUCUAUAUCAACGCUAAGUCGUAUAUGGUGCUUGAUGAGGAUUUCGCUCUCACUGAUGUGGCCGAUAACCGCACCAUAAAGGUUUACACUCCGAUGGAUCCCCGGCGCAUUUACCCUGAUCUUUCCACACUCACUGCUGAGCAGCUGACGAUGCUCCCGACCGAGAGUCUUACUAAGAUGACAGUUGGAUCGAAGUGGCUGUUGGAGACUACCAGGCUACCAGCAGACGGAGGAGCUACUACUGGACUGCCGACGAACACGAAUGAUCGGUUGAUGCGCUCACCAGGAGAGGCAGAAAACGCUGACGGCUCCUGGUUCAACAUGGUUUCUGAAUUGGACUUCGAAGUGGUGCCAGCGUCGUGUUUGACAUGUUCUUGGCACCAUCCUCCCGAUUCGGACAUUCAAGUGUCUCUGGGUUUGGAUCUACUAGGCACCAAGCCUGAUGUGCUCUGUAUUGUGGCACCUCCCGACUUCACAUUCAACAGCCCGGACUGCCUCUACCAAUACAGUGGUACCGAUCUCCAAGGCUGUCGAGUGUCGGCCUUGGAACUGCCUGAUGGCAGUCAGCGUCAGGUUGCUGUUCUUCUCGCCCAAGACGGCGGGCUCCAGUCGCUGCUGCUCAGUCUGGUCAUCACAGUGAGGACACCGCCUCAGACUCCAGCCUCUAUCAAAUGGUAUGUCCGAGCGUUGAAGCUCACGAAGGAGGAGUCCUCACCAGCUCUGAGCUCUAUAGCUAAUUUCGUGUAUAGUCCAGUGAACCACAGCGAAGUGGGAUGGUCGGAGCAUGCUGGCUUCGAGGUCAGACAAAUGAAAGAUGCACGUAUUUUAUACCCAUCCAUUCCGAGCAAGCAGCACAAUAACAUGAGACUCCUCAUGGCAAUAGGAUUCGCCACUGAGCAGACGUUCGAUCUCUCAGGCGGCUCCGUCAGGGUCAUCCUACCCGAGACCUUUGAAGUGUACUGUGACACCCUCGAAGUCUCCUACCUGCCAGUAUCCGAUAACAGCAUCGAAAAGUGCAGCACCAUCCGUUCCAAGGGAAGUGGAAAGCUUAUCGUACAGCUUCGGCUCAUCGACGUUUUACCAGCUAGAGAUUACGGCCUUUCGUGGCUGAUCAAUACCCCAGAAGUGACCCCAGAGCCCAAUAAUUUGACGAUCGCUAUAGUGGAUCAAUACGGCCGUGUUCAGGAUGCAGCCAUGACCAUUCCGAGUUCCAAGGUCGAAUAUGGAACUCCGAUUACGGCGUCUUAUCGAGUUAUAUUCCAGCAUGAUACAGUAUCGUCCAACGAGCCCGAUGAUGGGACACUUUCCACAACAACUCUCAGCACCGCCGCUUUAACGGAGGGAAUACUGGACUAUCGCGUAACGUUGAUGUUCAAUGUCACCAAGGACUUCCCAACAGAUGGCGGCAUCGACAGAAUUCGCAUUGAAUAUCCGGCCGGUGUUGUCCAUAACGAAGCUCAGCGGGAGCUCCCAGGGACUUGGUUUGAUGUGCAGUUCAAUAGCGAGCUGCGAGAAGCUAUACAGGAGGUCGUGUUGGAAAGCAACAAGGCAGUGAUUAUGUUCUUCAAAGAAGAUGCUCGGCGUCUUCAACCUGGCCAGUACUCCGUCACUGGUAAGUCGCCCGUCAUAAUGGAUGAGACGGUGAGAGCUCGUGCUUUCAGUGCCGGUUACUCUGCCGGACUCCAAGUCAGACCCUCCAGGAUUCAACUUCUACCAUUUGACCUUCUGCAGAUCCUCAGGCAACUGCAGUCCUGCGUACGAGUCCUCCUGUGUCCUAAGUCGGAAACAUGA